AACCUCGUCACUUUACUGAUGGCUACGUCAGAUGUUCUCCAAUUUAAUUGUUCUAUAGAAAAUGAAGUCGCACGAAAAGCUGCCAAGAAUUUUGCCGGGAUGCUUGGAAAAGCAUUCGAGAAUUAUAAAAAGUUAUGGAAUGAAUAUUUAAAGUUAAGAAAAUAUUGCGAAGAUGCCAAUAUUAAGAUCCCGUUUCAAUUGCUUGAGUCUGAGAGUGACAAUAAAGAUAUUGUUACGUUAUCGCAGACACAUGCAUAUUGUGAAAAAUCGCCUAACAAAUUAGGUCACACAUCUGAAAAUGCAACAAAGUUCACAGCUGCAAACGACGAAAGUGUUACAAAUCGAUUUAAUUCUGACACUAUGUCCUCUUUAGAUGAUAGCGUUUCAAGCGAUAACAAAUCCACUGCGAAGCACACGGAAGAAAAGUUAUUAAGAAGUCCAAUACUUGUCAAGAGUCGUUCUAAAUCUAAAAAGACCAAUGCAACGCAUGGUCAUUUUAUUUUAGACGAUUCUGGAGACCAUAGCCCAUGCAUACCGAUAAAGGAAAAUAUUUUCAUUUCUACAAAUGAUUGUCACGAAGAUAGUGCCAAUGUAUCUGUGGAGCACAAAGAAAAUCAAUAUCCUUUUAUGGGGAAUAAUAGUGACAGGAUAGAAUGUACACCUAUAUCCAAAGGGCACAGAAAACUAGGAAUCAGUAACUUAUACAAUGUUGAUACUAUUUUGUUACAAAAUGGUAAAAAAUUGAAACAGUCAAAACUUGUGUUUUUACCAAACGAGCAAACUACAGAUAAUAAAAUUUAUAAAGAGCACAAACAGUUAAAUCCAUUGACAUCAUAUAUCUCUCCAACAUCCAAGGAAAAUAUAAAAGAAGAGUCGACAAAUCUUUGCGAAAGUAAAUUGGGAGAAGAUGAAAUAAUAGAAGAGAGUCCUACUAUGCGUACGAAUUCAAAAUUGAAAAUAAAAAAUCUGAAACUAAAUAGAAAAAAUGCUGCAAAAGUUACUGGGAAAAGUGGUAAGAGAAAAAAUGAUAUAUUUGAUAAACAUAAUGAUAUAACUAGUGACACAAAGUUGUCUUCGAUAAAAGUUGAUCAAGCUAGUCUCAGUCAACGUUUACUUACUGUACAUACAUCUACACAGAAAGCUGAAUCAUAUUUAAUUAAAAGGUCGAAGAUUAUUGAUUCUUCAGAUAAUGAAAUUAUUAGAAGCAAGACUGAUGUUCUAGGUUUUCCUUCGUCUCCAAUAAUUGCUACCAGUGAGCAUCUUUUUCCUGAGGAUAUCAAACGCUUAUCAACAUCAGUAAAAGAGACUAAACCAUUACAAAUUAUAGAAAAUGGUAACCAAGCACAGAAACGAAAAUUUUCAGAAACAAUUAAACAGGUGUCCGAUUAUAAUUCUUCGGUAUGCAACGAUGAGACAUAUUGUGCUGUAGGGGAAAACCUUAAAAGACAAGCUAUUUUUGAUGUAAAUAAAUUGGAAGAUAUAGAAGAAAAAAUGUCUGAGAAUGUGUUACCAGAUUCUCCACUUACAAAAAAGUGUUUUAUGAAUAGCUUUGAUAUAUUACCGGAGAGAAAAGAAGCUUGUAUUGAUAAACCAUCAAAAAAUAAAUCGGAAAGAUCAAAGAUGACUGGUGUUACUUGUUGGGAGUGCAAAAAGUACUAUGCUAGUCUUGGACUAUCUGAGAAAGAAUUAAAAGCCAAACAAAAUCAUUGUUCUCGGCAUAGAACUAUCUAUAAUAAAAGAGAAAAUACACCCGAAGGAUUUUGGGAUCCAUUGUUUCCUGAUACAUAUGCAUCUACUAUUCAAGAUGAUUAAUGUAAAGCAUAUUGAUAUGAAUUUUGUACAUAAUACGAAAUUUGCUGUCUUAUAAAUAAUUCUUAUUAAGUAUAUAUGCUAUUUUUCUACUUUUCUUUUAUUAUU